AUGGCCUCGCUCAAGGUCUCAAAUGACGCCGCCGGCGAUCCCCAUGUGAAGCCUCUCCCGAGGCCUGAAAUGUCAGAGGACCCUCCCCGCUUCAUCAUAAUCGGCGCCGGUGCUCGAGGAAUUGGCUAUGCGAGAGGCAUUGAUAUCGCCAGCAACGGCAAAGUGGCCGCCGUGGCAGAUCCGGACAAGUAUCGACGAGAGACGCUGGGCAAGCAGCACAUCUGGGGCGGCAACGGCCCCAGCCAAGGCCAGAUGUUCUCGGACUGGCGAGACUUUGUCGAGUAUGAGCAGAAGCGGCGCCAAAGGGUAGCCAGUGGCGAAAAGGACGUCCCCAAGGGCGUUGACGGAGCCUUUGUCUGUGUCCAGGACCAGAUGCACCGAGAGGUCGUUGUUGGCCUGGCUCCGCUGGGCAUUCACAUCAUGUGCGAGAAGCCGCUUGCGCCGUCUUUGCAGGACUGUCUCGAUAUUUACAAGUCGCUCAAGCCGCAGCUCGCGUCCAACAUCUUCUCCAUCGGCCAUGUGCUGCGAUACAGCCCGCACAACAUGAUGCUGCGGAAGCUGCUAGUGGAAGACCAAAUCAUUGGCGACAUCAACAGCGUCGUCCAUACAGAGCCUGUUGGCUGGUGGCACUUUACGCACUCGUACGUGCGAGGAAACUGGAGAAACUCAAAGACCUCGGCGCCUUCGCUGCUAGCCAAGUGCUGCCACGACAUCGAUCUGAUCUUGUGGCUGCUCUGUUCCCCCGAGAAGGCUGGCGAGGGCGAGCCUCAUCUCCCCGACUUUGUGUCGUCGACUGGUGGUUUGCAAUUCUUCAAAAAGAGCCGCAAGCCUGCCGCUGCGGGAUCUGCUACAAACUGCAUGACUUGUCCCCUCGGCGAUUCCGGCUGCAAGUACUCUGCCAAGAAUGUAUAUCUCAGUGCCAACUGCGAGGGAGUCGGUACUGGCAACACGGAUUGGCCAAUGACCACCGUCGUGCACGACAUUGAAGACUUUAAAACGCUUGACGAGCGCAAACAGGCCGUCAUCAAGGUCCUCGAAGAAGACUAUGACGACUCAACCCCGGAAGAAGUGGUCAGCUCGCGCAACUGGUUCGGUCGAUGCGUUUUCGAGUCCGACAACAACGUCUGCGACGACCAAUUCGUUACCAUUACAUGGCCCGAGUCCAUCAAGCCCGCCAAGCGAGUCACCAUCCAGAUGGUGGCCCAAACCAAGAAGCAAUGCGACCGCUUCUCCUACUUCUACGGCGAGCACGGCGAAAUCUACACCGACUCCGAAAAGAUUAUCGUGCAAGACUUCGACACCAAAGAGACCAAAGUCUAUACGCCGCACGCGGAGCACAAGGGCCACGGCGGCGGCGACUUGGGCCUCACGAGACAGUUUGUAUUGGCCUGCGAUCGGGUGAAGAAUCACGGGUGGGAGGCUGAAAAGGCGCAGAAUGAGUUUGUCGGAUGCACGCUCGAGGAGGUGAUUCGUAGUCACGCAAUGGUGUUUGCCGCGGAAGAGGCACGCGAGAAUAACAUUGUUGUAAAUUGGCCCCAAUGGUGGGAUAGGGUCACGACGGAAUAG